CACACACACCAAUAUUAAUUUUGGCAUAGAGAAGAUGGAUUUGUUCAAGUUUAGAGCUCAUUACCUACUUCUUCUUUUGGUUUUAUUACCAAUGUUAGCUGCAAAAGAGGAUAGUAUUCCUCCUGUUCUUGCCCCUUACUUUGACAAUAUAUGCAAUGAUGUGGAGUGUGGGAAAGGAAGAUGUGAGAAAGCACCAGGAAAGCCAUUCAACUUCAUCUGUAAAUGUGAACGAGGUUGGAAGCGUACUCGCCAUGAUGAUGAUGAUGAUGAAGAUGAUCUUGAAUUUCUCCCUUGCAUUGUUCCCAAGUGUUCUCUUGACUAUUCUUGCUUACCAGCACCUCCACCAGCUCCACCAAUUCCACACAACAUGUCUUUCUUUGAUCCUUGCAAUUGGAUUUACUGUGGGGAAGGGACAUGCAAGAAGAAUAUAACACAUGGACAAACAUGCCAGUGCAAAUCUGGUUAUUCCAAUCUUCUCGAUAUUCCUGCUUUCCCUUGCUUCAAUGAUUGUGCCAUUGGAUCUGAUUGCCAAAAGCUGGGAAUUCGCCUUUCAAAUUCCACUGCAUCAUCUCCAUCUUCAAUUUUUAAUACCAAUAGUGGAGGUAAUGACAAAAAUGGAGCUACAUCAUUUAUGCUCAAGAAUUCCCACUGGAUGGCUAUCUUUCUGGCCUCAGCAGCUAUGGGUUUACUCAACUAGGAAGAGGUGAUGUUGUUUUACUUCGCAUGAGAGAUAUCAGCUUGGUGCUUCAUCUAUACCAGCGCAUUGUACUUCAUUCAUUUGCCAGAUUCAUAUGUACUAUAUAUAUUUAAUAAACAUGUGAUAGUGUUGUCAUUUCUGUACAGAGUAUAUUUUGAAUAUUGUUUCAGUUGUAGUAUUUUACUUUUCUUCAUAUAGCCUUCAGCUUAUGAGGUUGUGGAGGUCGAGGAUUCAGAGAGAAGGCUAGAAGUAUAUCAGUUUCAUGCUUUGUCUCUCCUGCUAGUAGCAUUAGUAUUAUUUUCGUUAUAUUAUUAUUUUACUAUUUCCGGAUUCCUCA